UAAACCAAGCAAUCAAACAUCAAACAUUUACAAUCCACACACAAAAAUCUUGUACAUGCAAUUACUAAAGAUAAGUCUUUAAGAAAAGAAAAAAGAAAUGAUGAAUACGAAGAGUGUAGCCAUGUUGAUGAUGGUGUUGAUGGUACUAUGUGAGUUUUCUGGCACAUGUGCUCGUCAUCAUCAUCAUCAUUCUCCUUCUCCAUCUCCUUCACCAGAUUCUGACUCCCCUUCUCCUUCUCCUUCACCAGAUUCUGACUCUCCUUCUCCUUCACCCGAUUCAGCCGGAAAAGAAACAUAUUGCGUACUUGGUUGUUCUAUUCAUCAAUGCUUUCUCCUAGGCAUAAACUCAAACGACUGGGACAAGUUCGGCUCAUGCAUUAAAGAAUGUUCGGAGCAAUGCAAAAGGAACAACAAAAGCGAUGAUAUAUAUGUCUAAAUUACUAAAGAGCAAAUGAUUGUUUGCAUGACUAAAAUUACUAAAGUACUAUCAUUUCAUAAUGUUUUCGUGAGUGAGAUGUAUAAUAAAAAUA